AUGAAUAAUGCCAGCUCCUUGUUCUGUCAGUGUAUCUUUAUUUACGGCCAGAAGUCGCAUCCGGACUUGAUUCGUCUUCAACAAGAAAGCGUUGGAGAUCUCUUUUCUGAUUCUUCUUUUGAAUUUGGCGACUACUGGAACACAUAUUCUUCUGAAACAUCAGCUGAGGGAGCAAAUGCUGACCUUGACUUUCAAAGCUCUGGCGACAGAGUACCUACUAUUGCGGAGCUCGGCGAACCUCAGGAUCACUUUCUCAUGGCCAAACACGUUUUAUUGUAUAUAAUGAUGGCUAUCGGUGUUCCUGCUAAUUUCUUGAUUCUCUACGUCUCAUUCAAAAAUCGAAAGAAACUGCCCUCUUCGUCCUGGCUCGUUAUCAACUUAGCGCUGUCGGAUUUUCUACUUUUAUUGAGUGUCCCUCUUGAAGUCUCACGAAACACAUACGAUGAAGGGGUACAAAAGUGGCUAAGCAACAUCUUUUUAUGCAAAUAUUAUCUGACCGUGAAGCAGCUCUUCUUCAUCCUCUCAAUUUUGAUUAUCGCCACAAUCGCUUUCGACCGUUACAGAAUGAUUUCGUCCAUGUCCAAGUCAAGUGCACACAAAUACACAGCGUAUGCAGUGGGGGUAUGGACGACGUCCUUGCUUCUUUGUUCCCCGAUACUAUACUUUACUACUGUUCAGAAAGAUGUUGAUCCUGAAACUGGAAAGGUAGACUACACGAUGUGCAAAGUCUCCUGGAUCUUCCAAACCGAGAAAGAGUGCAAAGACAUCUACAACAGCAGCGAUUUCGAGCUUGGUCACUGCCCAGAGGCGCGAGGAAUCGGUUCUUGUGAUGAGCCACUGCUAGAAAUCGAGAGGACAUACACAAUUUUUAUCUACGCAGUGACGAUUAUUUUUCCGAUCGUUGGAACGAUAUUGUUGUAUACAGGCCUUUUACAUAAGGUCUCUUUCAUCCGGCAAUCCAUCACGAGCAUCGGCCGUUCCUCCAAAAGCCAAUCCAAUAGCCGGGGCGGAAAAGGCGAUCAGACCCUCCGCCGUUCUAUUAAAUUAUUCACCUCUGUUCUCGUGAUCUCCUGGCUUCCAGUUGUAAUCUGGAAGAUUAUCCGCAUCUUUGGAUUUAAUUUUCCACCGAGGUUUUGCUACGGCUUUAGCAGAUUCGCGGAAACUUCGCUGUGGAUUGGGCCUGCAUUGAAUCCGAUUUUAUACUCGUUCCUCGGCAGAAGAUUUAGAAAAGAUCUUAUGGCGGCUUUCCCAUGCAUCAAGCAAGAGCAGCCGAUGAUUACGAGCGAGUACACUCAACAAAGUCGAGCUACAGUAAAUACUACGAAUGAACUUUCCCUCCAGAUGAUGAAAACUGAAGAAGAAAAGAACCUCUUAUCAGGAACUAAAACGACAAAGGCCCUUCCAGAUCUUCUUCCUUCUUCAGAAAAAGCCUAA